GAAACACCGCAUUACAUGACUGUGCAGAAUCUGGAAGUUUGGAGAUCAUGAAGAUGCUUCUCAAGUAUUGUGCUAAAAUGGAAAAGGACGGUUAUGGAAUGACUCCCCUUCUGUCAGCUAGUGUGACAGGCCACACAAAUAUUGUGGACUUUCUGACCCAGCAUGUACAGACUAGUAAGGCUGAACGCAUAAAUGCUCUGGAACUUCUAGGAGCAACGUUCGUGGACAAAAAGAGAGAUCUGCUUGGUGCUUUGAAAUACUGGAAGCGAGCUAUGGAAAUGAGAUACAGUGAUAGGACUAAUAUCCUGAGCAAACCUGUGCCACAAACACUAAUUAUGGCGUAUGAUUAUGCUAAGGAGGUAAACAGCUCAGAAGAGCUAGAAAAUCUUAUUGCAGACCCUGAUGAAAUGAGAAUGCAAGCACUAUUAAUUAGAGAACGUAUUCUUGGCCCUUCCCACCCAGAUACAUCCUACUAUAUCAGAUACAGAGGUGCUGUCUAUGCAGACUCUGGAAACUUCAAGCGUUGCAUCAACUUAUGGAAAUAUGCUUUGGACAUGCAGCAGAGCAAUCUUGAUCCGCUGAGCCCUAUGACAGCCAGCAGUUUACUAUCAUUUGCUGAACUGUUCUCCUUCAUGCUGCAGGAUAGGGCAAAAGGCCUGCUAGGCACUACUGUCACAUUUGAUGAUCUCAUGGGCAUACUGUGCAAAAGCGUUCUUGAAAUAGAACGGGCUAUGAAACAAACCCAGUGUCCUCCUGAUCCAAUACAGCUGAACAAAGCCCUUUCCAUCAUUUUGCAUUUAAUUUGCUUGUUGGAGAAAGUACCUUGCAGCUCAGAACAGGAGCAUUUUAAGAAACAGACUAUUUACAAGUUUCUUAAGCUUCAGCCUAGAGGGAAGAAUAACUUCAGUCCACUUCACCUUGCUGUUGACAAUAAUACUACAUGUGUGGGUCGCUACCCAGUUUGUAAAUUCCCCUCUCUACAAGUUACUGCUAUCCUGGUGGAAUGUGGUGCUGAUGUAAAUGUCAGAGACUCUGAUAACAACAGUCCAUUACACAUUGCUGCACUGAACAACCAUCCAGACAUCAUGAAUCUUCUUAUCAAGUCAGGUUCACACUUUGAUGCUACAAACUCACAUAAACAAACUGCUAGUGAUUUGCUGGAUGAGAAGGAAAUAGCAAAAAAUUUAAUCCAGCCCAUAAAUCAUACUACGUUGCAGUGUCUUGCUGCUCGUGUAAUAGUGAAUCAUAACAUAUACUAUGCAGGGCACAUCCCUGAAAAAUUAGAGAACUUUGUUUUGCUCCAUAGAUGAUAGUGUGGAGUCUGAGUACUGUUUUUGAAGCACGACUUGGUGAUGAUAUUUUCCUUGAGCACUGUUGUGAUACACCAGCGUUCCCUUAGCUUGCUCCAUCUUGCUCUCAUUGGCUAAAGCGUUGUUAGCAUCAGAUCUGCAGAGUUGGUUACCCAGUAUUUAAUAUGAAUAUGCCAUAUAAUAUAUUUUGUGGAUUAUUUAGAAAUGUAAUGCCAUAUUUAGACUCUUAAAAUUGUCUGCCAAAGGCUUGUUUAUUCUGGUCUUAUUUGCGUGUUGGGUGUUUGGGACUGAGUUGAGUAUUUUCCACUGAUGUCUUUUUACUAUAACUGUUAUGUGGAUUUUAUACAGUUGGAAGGUCAUCUUUUUUUGGUUUUGCUUGAGCAUUUCUACUCUUACUCUAUUCUUUUUCUAUGGACUCAUUGCUAAACUGUACAAGUUGUAUGGACUUGUUAACAUUUGCAACUACCAUAAGUGCUUUUAUCUUCUCUAUGCACUGGCUUAGACAUGACUGUUGUGUGUGAGCAUAUUUCUAUGCAGCACUUGGCCAAUUUCAACUUAAAUGCCAAUUUUGUUUUGCAGUUUGUUUGGAGCUCUUUUCAGAAUGCUGUCUGCAUAGCAUGAUGAAUUACUUAUCAGCUCUCCGAACUUGGGUGUGACUUUUUUGAUUGCUGUAACUGAGGUUGCUUUCCUUUUGAUCCUCUGGAAAUUUGUCCUAAAUCUGGGAGAAGAAAAUCUUGCUUUUUCUCAUCGUAGUCCACUUGAACUUUAAAUCUGAAAAUCGUUUUAUUGCAUCGUGCAGUUAGGGGAAGAGUCCUCAUUAUGUACAACUGACACCUUCCCCUUUGCACUAAUGUCUUGCUUGUGCUGGUUAUGUGACUAGAUGUGAAGUUUGCUCAAAGUUUAUCCUCAAACUUAAUCAUUUAAUGAGAAAUAGAUCAAAUGUAUGCUGUAGUUUAAAAUUUACAAAUCAACUUUAGCUACACAAGAAACUAAAGCAUGUUGGUGGCAUGAUGCUUAUCAGUCCAGAUCUAGACAUCAUCUAAUAUAGUAAAUGGCCAUAUGUCAGGGUAUUGGAAGUUCUAUAGCAGUGUCCAUUUUUCUUCAUUUUAAGUAUCUUUAUAAAUACUUGCAUGGAUUUUUCAUCUCUACUAUGUCAGCUGUACUUAACAAAAAGCGGAAGUUCUGUUGUGUAUAUAGCUCCUAAUUAAAGUACCUAUUUUUAUAAU